AUGACUUUAAGCUUGGCUUUAGUUUUCGCUGAAGAAACAAAAUUACAAGCUGCCAAAGAUGACUUAAACACCGCUUCCAGCGAGCGUAGUAAUUACGCUCAGAAAAUAUUUGUUCUUACAGUUUUCGACUUAUUCGGUAACGUACCUCACCAGACAUAUGGUUAUCCCAAUACCAACUACAACUACAACUAUCAGAAUCGUUAUCCCUCAUUUGGUACAACUGGUGGAUAUUACCCAGGCACCUCAACCGGAUAUUAUCCUGGCACAACAACCGGAUAUUAUCCCGGAUCAUCUUCUGGAUAUUACCCAGGAACGUCUACGGGAUAUUAUCCAGGAACUUCAACCGGCUUCUACCCUAGUACCUCAACGGGUUAUUAUCCUGGAUCGACCACGGGCCAUUACCCAAAUGGCGGAGGAUACUAUCACAACAAUGGAAAUAACUUUGUAGGAAGUCUUGGAUAUAAUGGUUAUUCAGGUUACAGCGGUCGUAGUAACGGAUAUUACAACAACUUGGGAACGUCUGGUUUUGGAUACACUAGCGGAUAUACAUCAAAUUUAAAUCCGGGGUAUACAAAUAACUACGUGAAUUCAUAUAGAAGAUAUUCCUGGUAA